AUGCUUUUGAAUAAAAAAAUCAUCAAAAUAUUUCUAAUUCUCGUCGAAAUCUCCAAAAUCCUUCUUGCCAAAGUUGCCGUAACUUCAACAAUUUCCCCGGAAAUUCUCACAAAAUGUGUGGAAAAUGAUGAUGGAAUUAUCAUAGAGGAUCGGAAAAUUUGUGUGAAAAUGUUGGAGAAAGAAGAUUUGGAGAUGGAAGAAGUUGUGGAAGUUUGUGAAGAUUUGGGAGGAAUUUUGAUGGAAACUGGGAGCGAGCAGAAUCGAAUGGUUUUGAUGAGUGAGUUUUUUUUGGCUCCAAAAAUUGUUUUGAUCUACAAAUUCAGCGCCGCAUUUUCAGAACUCAUAAAUCAAAAAUGUCACGGUAUUUCAUGCCCACGAGUUUGCCUCAAUGACAAUUUCAACACCAGUAUUUCUCUCGAACGAAACCCGAUUUAUCUGGAAAUCCUAAAUCGCCCUCGAAAAAAACAACUCUGGGAAUAUGAGCGAAAAACAAUUGUGCCAACUCAAAAAAUGUCAACCGGAGAUGCAAUGUUUCUCGAAAUCGAUCAAAUUCGCCCGGGAACUUUGGAAGUUUUUGAGCUCAUUGAUUUUGUUGUCGACGAAAUGAAGAAUGACGAACAGGCUUCGGUGUUGUUUCAAAUGGCGAUUUUCCGGAAUUUUAGUGAUAUGAAAAAUGGGGAGCUUGUGGAUAAAUUACAAUUUCGAACUGGGUAUAUUCAAAGGAAAAAUGAUCAAUUGAAUGUGGAGAAAUUGGUGACGCAUGAGUUUUUGUUGAAGGAUGAGAUUGCGAAUGAGACGAGUCAGAUUAUUAAAAUUCAGUGGGUUGAAAGAACUUCAGAAACCUUUAAUUUAGAGUCUGUGUGUCAAGCUGUCAAGCCUAUAAAACCUAGUUAUCAAGCAGCCGAGCCUAGAGUUUGACUCUGACAAGGAAGCGCGCCUUGAGAACUUCUAUGUCAAGCAGCCGCGUCUAGAGUUCUACUCUGACAAGGAGGCGCGCUUUGAGGUCUUCUAUGUCAAGAAGUCGAGCCUAGAAGGCCUAGUUAUCAAGCAGUCGAGUCUAGAAGGUCUGGUUAUCAAAAAGCCACGCUUACAUUUUGACUCCGACAAGGAGGCGCGCCUUGAGAGUCGCUUUGUUAAAGUACGGCGUCUUCAGAGCUUCUAUGUCAAGCAGUCGGGCCUAGAGCUCGAUUCUAACAAGGAGGCGCGCCUUGAGGUCUUCUAUGUCAAGAAGUCGAGUCUAGGAAGCCUUGUUAUCAAGCAGCUUAUCCUAGAUAGCAGAAUUGUCAAGCAGUCGCGCCUAGAAUUUGACUCUGACAAGCAGGCGCGCCUAGAGUUCGAUUCUUACAAGGAGGCGCGCCUUGAGAUCUUCUAUGUCAAGUAGCCUAGCCUAAAAGGCCUAGUUAUCAAGCAGCCGCGCCUAGAGUUAGACUCUGACAAGGAGGCGCGCCUUGAGAGUCACUUUGUUUAGGGACGGCGCCUUGAGAGCUUCUAUGACAAGUAGCAGCGCCUGUAAAGCCUAGUUGUCAAGGAGCCUAGCCUAGAGUUCGACUCUGACAAGGAGCCGCGCCUUGAGAGUAGCUGUGUUUAGGCACGGCGCCUAGAGCUCAACUCUGACAAGGAGGCGCGCCGUGAGAUCUUCUAUGUCAAACAGCCGCGUCUAGAAGACUUAGUUAUCAAGCAGUCGGGCCUAGAGCUAGACUCUGACAAGGAGGCACGCCUUGAGAGUCGCUUUGUUAAGGUACGGCGCCUAGAGAGCUCCUAUGUCAAGUAGCCGCGUCUCUAAGCCUAGUUAUCAAGCAGCCGAGCCUAGAGCUCGACUCUGACAAGGGUGCGCGCCUUGAGAGUUGCUGUGUUUAGCCACGGCGCCUUGUGGUCUUCUAUGUCAAGUAGCCGCGCCUAGAGGGCUUCUUUUUGAAUUUAUUCAAAAGUCUGGGAGAAAAAUUUCACGUAUCAUCUAAAAUUUCUGAAAUUUCAGAAAAUUUCUUCGCCACGUGUAAAAUCAUCGAUUUUUUGCAGUUUCGCUGAAAUCGGAAAAACAAUUCUAACAGCCGAUGGACUUUUGGACGAUUCUUGGGAGUUCGAAACACCCGAAAUCGAUGGGCGAUUGUUUUUGAGUCGCGAAAAAUUCGGAAUCCCCAAAAAUCAGUUGCUAGAUGUUUAUGUCAUGAAAGGGUAAUUUAAAAAACCUUAAUUAAUUAAUUUAAAAAAUAAUUAAUUUCAGAGGAAAUUGUCGAAAAUCAUCCUAUCAAAAUCAAAAUUUAAUCGAAAAUGGGACCAUUAAUUGUCACUGGACCAAUUCGAUGGUAAGAUUUUUUUUUAAAAAUUCGGAAAAUCUAAGUUCAACUCGAAUUUUGCAGCAAACAGUUCCAGUCUACUCUUGCGAGCCCUCAAAAUUUGUGGUUUGCCAAUUUCCGACGGAUAUUAAGUUUGAAAAUAAUGCGAUUAUUUUACCGGAUCGAAAUAUUUCGAGAGGAAAUUCGACGGGAAAAGCUGAGAAAUUGGGAGAUGGUUGGGAUGAGAGCUUUGAUGGACUUUGGAGUUAGUUUAUCUUGGGAAAGGGGUACAGUACUCUAGAAAUUUUUGGAAAAAAAUACAGGAGAUACAAACAUCCAAAAGUAUCCUCUGAAGACCCUACAGUACUCCUUAGGAACCCUACAGUACCCAUUUUUGUUUUUCCAGAAAUGGCGCCUGGACUUGUGCUAACUAAUAUCAUAAUUGGAAGCCUAACAAUGAUCAUAGUUAUUUUUAUGAGAAUUUUUGGGAAAAAAUAA